GAAGCCAUCGCCCGAGUUUCCUUUCCCAGCUUCUCCCUGUCUCUCUCUCUCUCUCUGUCUGUCUGUCUGUUGUGUGUGUGUGUGGUCAUGUUUGCACAGUGAGACAGCUGCUGACCAUGCCUGUGCAGAGUCUGCCCGUCCGGGAUGCGUCCAUCCAGUUCCGUCUGCUCCAGCAGUACCUGCUUCUCCUGAAGAAGUACCCCAUCCUGACGAAGUCUGUAACCAGUGGCAUCCUCUCAGCUUUAGGAAAUCUUCUGUCUCAGGUUUUGGAGGCGAGAAAAAAGUCAAAAAAUGGAGCCUUGGUCAAAGAGAUCGACACAGCUGGAGCUGCACGCUAUGCCAUUUAUGGGUUGUUCAUCACCGGGCCGGUGAGCCAUUACUUUUACCAGCUGAUGGAAGUAUGGAUGCCGACCACAGACCCGUACUGUAUAAUCAAACGUCUGCUACUGGAUCGGCUGUUUUUUGCCCCGGGCUUUCUGCUCCUUUUCUACUUUGUUAUGAACAUCCUGGAGGCUAAAGGAUGGGGAGACUUUGAAAAGAAGAUGAAAGCAAGUUACUGGACUGCUUUAAAGAUGAACUGGAAAGUUUGGACCCCGUUCCAGUUCAUCAAUAUCAACUUUGUGCCUGUUCAGUUCCGAGUGCUGUUUGCCAACAUGAUUGCCUUAUUUUGGUACGCCUACCUUGCAACUGUGAGGAAAUGAAGCUUCAGGAGGGGAAAACUCGGCUUCUUCACAGGAGUUUUAACAUUUCACUGUUCCCUGUACUACUGUAUACCACUUCCUAAUCUGGACAAUAAUCCUUUUGAUUAUCUCCUAACGAAACUUGUACAAUGAGUUUAAGCCAUGAUAACAUGCUGCUAUAAACAGUUGAAUACAUACAUGACUGUGAUAAUAGAACAUAAUAAACCUUUAUUUUUAUUUUUUU